AGUGGCGGCUCUCAGUGGCUGCAUUAUUUUUUUUUUUGGCAGCAGCAGGAUACUCAUUUCCCAAUAUGUCCAAAACGGUCGCGUAUUUCUACGAUCCGGACGUCGGGAAUUUUCACUAUGGCACUGGUCAUCCCAUGAAACCACACCGUCUGGCUCUCACACACAGUCUGGUUCUCCACUAUGGACUGUAUAAAAAGAUGAUUGUCUUUAAACCCUAUCAAGCUUCACAACAUGACAUGUGCCGCUUUCACUCCGAAGACUACAUUGAUUUCUUGCAGAGAGUGAGCCCCAAUAACAUGCAAGGCUUCACUAAAAGUCUCAACGCUUUCAAUGUUGGUGAUGACUGUCCUGUUUUCCCCGGCCUAUUUGAGUUUUGUUCUCGGUACACAGGAGCGUCACUACAAGGAGCUACUCAGCUAAACAACAAGAUUUGUGACAUUGCAAUAAACUGGGCUGGAGGACUUCACCAUGCUAAAAAAUUUGAGGCUUCUGGAUUCUGUUAUGUCAAUGACAUUGUGAUUGGUAUUUUAGAACUUCUCAAGUAUCAUCCACGGGUCCUCUAUAUCGAUAUUGAUAUCCAUCAUGGAGAUGGGGUACAGGAAGCAUUUUAUCUAACUGACAGAGUCAUGACCGUCUCAUUUCACAAAUAUGGCAAUUACUUCUUUCCUGGUACAGGUGACAUGUAUGAAGUUGGAGCUGAAAGCGGGAGAUAUUACUGUCUAAAUGUGCCAUUAAGAGAUGGCAUAGAUGAUCAAAGUUACAGACACCUCUUCCAGCCUGUUAUUAAACAAGUGGUAGAUUUCUAUCAGCCCACCUGUAUUGUUUUACAGUGUGGAGCUGACUCACUUGGCUGUGACCGACUGGGAUGUUUUAACUUGAGUAUAAGGGGACAUGGGGAUUGUGUUCAGUAUGUGAAAAGCUUUAAUAUUCCUUUACUAGUUCUUGGAGGAGGUGGUUAUACAGUCCGCAAUGUAGCACGGUGCUGGACUUAUGAAACAUCAUUGCUAGUUGACGAGACAAUCAGCGAAGAGUUGCCUUACAGCGAAUACUUUGAAUAUUUUGCACCAGAUUUUACCCUCCACCCUGAUGUCAGCACUAGAAUUGAGAACCAGAACACGCGACAGUAUUUGGAUCAAAUCAGACAAACCAUUUUUGAAAAUCUUAAGAUGCUGAACCAUGCACCAAGUGUUCAGAUCCAUGACGUCCCUUCCGAUAUCUUAAGCUAUGACCGCACUGAUGAGCCAGAUCCAGAAGAGAGAGGCUCUGAGGACAAUUAUUCCAGGCCAGAGGCUUCAAAUGAAUUUUACGAUGGAGAUCAUGACAAUGACAAGGAAAGCGAUGUUGAGAUUUGAGGAUUUCUAUAUGGCUGCACGUCAGACUUAUGAACCUCUGGUUGGCAGUUUUAUGAACAAUAUUCACAUUAUUUCCUGUGAAGAUUUUUGGACCAGUUUGUUUUGUCUCUUCCCAACAAAAUUUUAGUUGGCGAUCCUGUUC